AUGGUAAAUAAUCACAAAGCCAAAUCCAUUAAUUAAGCAGAGUCACAGACGCUGACCUCGUUUCCUCUGUAGCGUUGCCAAAACAACAGUGUUCUCUGGCUGCUUCUCUUACUAACACCCUCCUCCUCUUCUCCACGCCUCCUUCCGCUUUCAUUCUUCGGAGGCCCUUUGCAGCUCUCAUCAUGCCUGCUUCUGUUUCUGGAUCCAACGUUGUUGCCUUCAAAUCCGCCAAUUUCGGAAGUUCUGGUUACCGCAGAGUUGGUCAGUUCCGUCAAUGGUCUCCGAUUACUACGGGAGUCAGGCAACUCCAACCUGGCAUUGGACUAAAGUGUGGAUCGACUUCCUCUGGCAUAAGAGCUCAGGUUGCUAAUGCUGAAGCAGCAAGCGCCAAGGCAACUCACAAGGUGGAAGCGCCUGUUGUUGUAGUGACUGGAGCUUCUAGGGGUAUUGGUAAAGCAAUUGCCUUAUCCUUGGGAAAAGCUGGUUGUAAGGUGUUGGUAAAUUAUGCCAGGUCAUCAAAAGAGGCUGAGGAAGUUUCCAAAGAGAUUGAGGCUUAUGGUGGUCAGGCUCUCACUUUUGGGGGUGAUGUUUCAAAAGAAGCUGAUGUGGAAUCAAUGAUGAAAACUGCUAUUGAUGCAUGGGGAACAGUUGAUGUACUAGUCAAUAAUGCAGGAAUAACACGAGAUACAUUGUUGAUGAGAAUGAAGAAAUCUCAGUGGCAGGAGGUUAUUGAUCUGAAUCUCACAGGUGUAUUCCUUUGCACACAGGCAGCAGCCAAAAUUAUGAUGAAGAAGAAAAAGGGAAGGAUCAUUAACAUAUCAUCCGUUGUGGGUUUGGUUGGCAAUGUUGGGCAAGCCAACUACAGUGCUGCAAAGGCAGGAGUUAUUGGAUUGACAAAGUCUGUUGCAAAGGAAUAUGCAAGCAGAAAUAUUAAUGUAAAUGCUGUUGCCCCUGGAUUCAUUGCAUCUGAUAUGACAGCCAAACUUGGGUCCGAUAUUGAGAAGAAAAUCUUGGAGUCAAUCCCCUUAGGAAGGUAUGGCCAGCCAGAGGAGGUUGCAGGAUUGGUAGAAUUCCUGGCUCUUAGUCCUGCUGCCAGCUAUGUCACUGGACAGGUGUUCACUAUUGAUGGAGGAAUGGUUAUGUGAGUUAGAUGUCCUGCCUGGUUGAGCCUGAAAUGGUUCUGCACUUCAUCAGGAUAGGCAGAUUUUUUAUUUUAUUUUUAUAUUUUUUUCACGUGGGUAUGACUAGCUUAGGCGGUUUUUGACUAUGUACUUGUGUAAUAAAUUCAUGCUUGAAGUUUUGAUAGGAUCUGCCGGAACCAAACAGAUGUACAAUAGUUGUCCUAAGCUUUCUUUUAGCAAACAGAAAUGUAGAUCUUUUUUUUUCUUAAAAAAAAAAAUUAUUUA